UUUUGUUGAUUACCAGGGGUAUCACAUAUCAUAUGAAGAUUUCCGCGAGGCAAUGAAACCACGCGGGUUCGUUGACACCGAUACAAUGGAGCUCUACAUUCGACAAUUCAACCUUGAACAAUCAAUUCAGACUUGUGGCUCCGCUCUUCCAACCAAAUAUGCAUUCUCACAAUCUUUGACCGCUAAACUACUGGUUCCCGAGGACAAAUUCAUUGCAUCCAAGUGCCUUCGUGAAUUCAACACUGCAUACCAAGAUGGCUCCCUCAAGUCAAAGGAUCUCAUAUGCCUCCUUACAUUUUUAUUGAAUGUUGUCGAUUAACAAUAAAUGUUCAAAUCUGACCACUCACAUGGCUCUGACCAUGAUAAUUUGCAGCUAUACUUCGCCAUCCCCCAAAAAGAACAUUGGAUCGUGUGCUGCAUCAACCUUCUGUACAAACAGAUCAACAUAUUUGACUCAGGCAGAAAGCUCAAGAAUGACGAGGCAUACGAGAUAUCCAACAAUCUGGUUAGCAAUUUUGUGACACUUGCGGCACAUGCUAAAGCUUUCACAAAUUUGGAUUUCAUGAAGUUCACGUGUUUCAACCCUCCGGAAUGCCCCCAACAGAAAACAUACUAUGAUUGUGGAAUAUUCGCAAUGCUCUUCAUGAAGCAAUGGGAUGGGAAGAAAAUGGCAGAAUUUAGCAAGGACACUUAUGACCAUCGCGCGCUUAUCACAGAAGAAAUCCUCACUUCACAACUCAACACUCAAGAUCCAAGCUGGGUACUGAAGAAGAAAUGAGAAGCCUGCAUAGUCAUGUUCAAGAAAAUAAAAAUCCGUGCUUGAGAAGCCAUCCUAGAAGCGUACAAGAGAAUAAAAGACGGCGCUUCUAUCAACUAUGUGCUUCAAUUUUUUCUGUGUAAUUUUUAGCUUGUUUUUUCUAAGACACUACUUUUCAGUAACCAUCAGACCAGUGUCAUGUUUGUGUUCUUAACUGAUUGGGUUUCCGAUCAUCGGUUACCCUACCACAUUUUACUUGU